AAUAAGACAGGGAAGCAGAUGGGCAUAUUUAUACCUCCUCUGAAAAACAAGCAAGCUGCAGCUCCGGCAAACAUGGGGGUUCAAGACAACAGAGAAAAAAGAAAACACUGAGGCUGGGAACUUCUGGGAGCUUCAGGAAGACCAAAAACCUCCCUCAGGGCACAUCAGAUCAGGCAGAAUUGGAAAUCUUUGGCAUUUAUUAGGGCCAUACUGGGCUAAAUACACCUUGAACUGAAGGAGGUGGUUAAGGGGUGAAAAACUGAGGGUAUCUAAACUCUGAAGAGACAAAGGAGAGCACUCAUGCCAGGCUCAGGAGGAGCAGACCCAAAGGGAGAAGAUUUCUCCACGGCCAUCCUGAAACAGAAACACAGACCCAACAGGCUCAUUGUGGAUGAAGCUCUCAAUGAAGACAGCAGCAUUGUCAGCCUAUCACAGAAUAAGACGGAGGAGCUGCAGCUCUUCCGGGGGGACACGGUGGUGUUGAGAGGGAGGAAACGGCGGCAGACGGUGUGCAUCGUCCUGACAGACGAGACCUGUGGAGAUGAACGGAUUCGGAUGAAUCGUGUGACGCGCAACAACCUGCGUGUCCGGCUUGGUGAUGUGAUCAGCAUCCAUGCCUGUCCUGAUAUCAAAUAUGGGAAGAAGAUCCACGUCCUCCCCAUAGAUGACACCAUUGAGGGCCUUACAGGGAACCUUUUUGAGGUUUUCCUUAAGCCCUACUUUCUGGAGGCUUAUCGGCCCAUUCACAAAGGUGACAUCUUUCUGGUGAGGGGGAGCAUGCGGGCAGUGGAGUUCAAGGUGGUGGAGACGGACCCCAGCCCUCACUGUAUUGUUGCCCCGGACACUGUCCUCUACUGUGAGGGCCAGCCGAUCAAAAGAGAGGAUGAAGAGGAGACUCUUAAUGACAUCGGCUACGACGACAUCGGAGGCUGUCGGAAGCAGCUAGCUCAGAUCAAGGAGAUGGUUGAGCUUCCUCUCAGACACCCGGGACUUUUCAAGGCUAUCGGAGUGAAGCCCCCCAGAGGUAUCCUGUUGUACGGCCCUGCAGGUACAGGAAAAACCCUGGUGGCUCGAGCUGUAGCCAAUGAAACCGGUGCCUUCUUCUUCCUCAUCAAUGGCCCUGAGAUCAUGAGUAAACUGGCAGGAGAGUCAGAGAGCAACCUAAGGAAGGCGUUUGAGGAGGCGGAGAACAACGCUCCAGCCAUCAUCUUCAUCGAUGAGCUGGAUGCCAUCGCUCCCAAGAGAGAGAAAACUCACGGUGAAGUGGAGAGGCGUAUAGUUUCUCAGCUCUUGACCCUGAUGGAUGGCUUGAAGCAAAGAGCUCAUGUGGUUGUCAUGGCAGCAACAAACCGACCAAACAGCAUAGACCCUGCUCUGAGACGCUUUGGUCAGGACACUCACAAACACACACACACCCACACAAACAAACUUACACAUACAAAUACACACGUUCACAAGCAUGUCGAUGUCUCUCCAGGCAGGUUCGACCGUGAGAUUGACAUUGGAAUCCCAGAUUCAACUGGCAGACUGGAGAUCCUGCAGAUCCACACGAAAAACAUGAAACUGGCUGAUGAUGUGGAUCUGGAGAGGAUUGCCACAGAGACUCACGGCCACGUUGGUGCCGACUUGGCUGCCUUGUGCUCAGAAGCUGCUCUGCAAGCGAUCCGCAAGAAGCUGAUCCUCAUAGAUCUGGAGGACGAAUCCAUCGAUGCUGACCUGCUCAACUCGCUGGCUGUCACCAUGGAUGAUUUCCAAUGGGCGCUGAGUCAGAGCAACCCAUCGGCUCUAAGAGAGACGGUCGCCGAGGUGCCUCAGGUCAGCUGGGAGGACAUCGGAGGCCUGGACGAGGUCAAGAGAGAACUGCAAGAGCUCGUCCAGUACCCUGUUGAGUAUCCUGACAAGUUCCUGAAGUUUGGGAUGACGCCGUCUCGUGGAGUGUUGUUCUACGGCCCUCCAGGCUGUGGGAAAACUCUGCUGGCUAAAGCCAUCGCCAAUGAAUGUCAGGCAAACUUUGUCUCCAUCAAAGGACCCGAGAUGCUCACCAUGUGGUUUGGAGAAUCAGAAGCCAAUGUCAGGGAUGUGUUCGAUAAGGCCAGACAGGCGGCUCCCUGCAUCCUGUUUUUUGAUGAGUUAGACUCCAUCGCCAAAUCCAGAGGCGGCGGGGCCGGAGACGCAGGUGGUGCAGCCGACAGAGUCAUCAACCAGAUCCUCACAGAGAUGGAUGGCAUGUCUGACAAGAAGAACGUUUUCAUCAUUGGUGCCACAAACAGACCAGAUAUCAUAGACGCAGCUAUCCUACGGCCGGGUCGCCUGGACCAGCUCAUCUACAUCCCACUGCCCGACAAACCGUCCCGUAGAGCAAUUCUAAACGCCAACCUACGCAAGUCCCCUGUUGCACGAGAUGUGGAUCUGGAGUACUUGUCUGGCAUCACAGAUGGCUUCUCUGGAGCCGACCUGACGGAGAUCUGUCAGCGGGCCUGUAAGCUGGCCAUCCGCGAGUCCAUCGAGGCUGAGAUCAAGGCCGAACGUCAGCGGCAGAACAGACCAGGCAUCCCCAUGGAUGAGGACUUUGAUCCAGUCCCAGAGAUCAGGAAGGACCACUUUGAAGAAGCAAUGCGAUUUGCUCGUCGCUCUGUUAGUGACAAUGACAUCCGCAAAUAUGAGAUGUUUGCUCAAACCUUGCAGCAGAGUCGAGGUUUUGGAAACUUCAGGUUCCCUUCUGCCACUGGUACCCGGUCUGGAAAUCAGGGGUCAGAUUCCGGGUCGGGGAGGCCUGGCCUGUUCAGAGAAGAAGGCGAUGACGAUCUCUAUCAGUGACAAAAGCAGCACAGUGGUGUCCCCAUUGUGCUUUGCUUCUUCUGAGGAAUGGAAAGAGUUGAAGAAAGAAGUGGAAAUGGCAGGUUAAAAGGAAAACAGAGGAAAAUGAAAGUAAAAAUAGGGCAUCUUUAUUUUUUUAAAGAAAGCACUUGUUGAAACAUGAAAUGAUGUGAAUGAAACAAUAAUUGAAAUUAAAAAUAAAAACCUAUGCACUUAAGACAUUGUAUUGAGAUAUGAAGAAAAAUAAAUGUUUCACUCUGAUAAUGCUUAUAAUACUUCGGUUUUUAAGAAAAAUAUAAGCUGUGUGCAUGUAUGACCUAAAAACCGAAUAAAUUCAUUUAUUUAUAUGACUUUAUGACAACA